AUGUUUGGAAUUCUUUUUUUCAUUUUAUUCACCCCUGGAGUCAGUGAAUUUCUUUGUUCGUCGUCAGAUCUAGAAAUGUCAUAUACUUUUUGUGAUUCUGCAGUUUAUGCUUUCAUGUUUAAUCUGACACCUUGCAGCAUCAUGAACCAAUCUGCCUGGAAGGCUAGUCUUACCUGGAUUCCAAGAAGUGACAUCAGCUUUUUGAACAUUAUUUUCAAAGUCUGGUACGACGGUGCCAAAGCGUUAUACUGGAAAGAAGCCCUCUGCAGAGGAGUCGACGACGAAUAUGCAGUGUGCGGAAUGCUGAAAGGAGAAACAAUUGCAACAACAUUUGACAUUAAAGGUGCAAGAACAAAGUUUCCAAAGGGCAAUUAUAACAUAAUUUUAGAAGGAUUCUCUGAUGAUUCUGAGAAUAAUAUGGUCAUAUGCUUGAAUUUCACCAUGAUAGUAAAACAAGACCCUUUCUGA